AUGUCUGCACCGUCUCUUGAGAACAUUCAAUCCUCGUCUGUUGCUGCUCCGGCCGCUCCGGCUGCAGCUGCUGUUCCCCCGACUCUCCCCUCUCUGCCACCAGCGUUAGCCCCUGCUGCGACUGUCGGUUGUCCGCCGCCUGCCGUCCUUGCCGCUCCGCCUGUUGGCGUCAAGCAGGCGGUUGCUGCUGGCACCGAGGCGCCGCAACCGGUGGUGUCCGACACCACUGAUGUCCUGGGCUUGGUAGCUGUCUCGGUCGCUCCCGCCCCUCUGACUGCGACGACACCAGUGCCGCCCCCGUCCGUCCAGCCGGUUCCUGAUCCUGCACCGCUUGCUGCUACUCUGCCGGCUCAGCGCCCGCCGUCUCCAGGCAGCCGGCAGCACCGGCCUCACUCCCCUGCACCACGUGACGAGCGGGAGCGGCCGGUGUCGAUGGCCGAUUUGCAGCGUGUUGUUUCUGCUGCGGUGCGAGAUGAGCGGAACGGGCAGGCGAGCCAGAGCAACUCGCCGCGCGGCGCUCCAACUCGUGCGUCUCCUUCUCCUGUUGCGGCACCUGCGUCUACAGCUCCUCUUACCCCGUCGGAUGUUCCUCCACCCCUUGCUCCCGCUGCAUCUGCCGCCGCUCCCGGGAAUCACAUGCGGCUGCCGUGCCGCGAGGCUGCCCAUCCUUGCCGUAUGCAGCGGCGGCGGUUCGAGUGA